AUGGCAAAACUCCUAUCAUUUGUGUUCUGUACUGUCCUUCUCUCCGCCACGCCUACGCUCGCUCUCCCGACGCCGCUAGAUGGCACAGUCGUGGUGAGCAACAGCUCCAGCAUCUCGUCGGGGUCGACCACGACGUCUGCGAUUCCGGCGAGCGAGACGGUCGCGCCGGCGAGUGACGAUCCAAACUACGUGAUGUGGAACACGACGACUACGAGCGAUUCGAGUGUGCAGGCUGUGCGGAUUGGGAGCACGUCGAGCGAGACGGUCAAGAGCGAGCGAAAGGAGCAGCGGAGAGUGGGCGAAGAGGAGAUGCAGGAGAUGCAAGAGGAUGGAGAAUGA